AUGAGCCACUCUGGCCCAAUCGAGGGUGGUAUCUGGCUCAUUGGGGAUCCGAACCACUGCCCCCAUCUCCAGUGCAUGGCACUGAUCCUGGAAAUGCCCAGGUUCUCCACAGUGCCAGCACACCAGCCCAGGCUUCACUUCUGCACUGACGGUUCAGGGAUCACUCAACUGGGAGGAGGAAAACACAGAAACACAAGGAGGGAGAGGGACACCAUGAGUGCCUACCAAUGUGAGCAGGUUCUGGAAUGCCUGAUGAUCCUGCUGCUUGUCCUGCAGCAGGGCUUCAAAGCAUUGCUCCUGUACUUGGCGGAGGAAGAAUCAGUAAUGAUAAAGUGCUUGUAUCUUCUGUCUGUUGUGUUUCACAUCGCUGCAGGUAUGUACUUCAUGGUUAAGGUUACGGAUACUUUAGAGCCAGGGCCCUCUUCGAGUCACGAUGCAGCCAGAGAGGAGGCCAGAGAUAUUCAAAUAGAAGAAGAGGCUAAGGAUGACAGUGCAAGUAGUGACAGCAGCACAGAUGAGGAGGAGGAAGCAGUGAAGAGCAAGGAACAAUGCUGUGCUCUCUCUGGUGAUAAUAAACAGACAGAAAUCACACGACACAAAGGUGGUUCAGUGCUGUUACCCUGCUCCUGCUCUGACCUCAACACCAAACCUCAGAAAGUCACCUGGGAGACCAGCAGAACAGGACGUCUGACAGAAAUGUUAAAUGAUGAGCACUACCGUGGCAGAUUUAAGCUGUUUAAUAACAUUUCUCCUGCUAAUCUGUCUCUGCUCCUAUCUGACCUGAGAGAAGAGGAUGGGGGAGUCUACAGGUGCAGCACUGGAUUGCAGGAACACAGAGACAUCAGGCUUUAUAUUAAAGGCUGUGAGCUGGUGAAGGCAGGGUUAGAGGCGGUGACUGGGUUCACAGGAGAGUCUGUAGUUCUGCCCUGCGUCUGCACUGACCUACAGGACAAACCAAAGUCUGUAAAAUGGGCGUUUAGAAGAGAAUCUGGAACAAAUUAUCAGGAAAUUUACUCUGAACAGACUGGACAUCACAGGAACAGAUCAGUCAAACUGGUCAGUAAAAACCCUCCAGGAAACCUCUCUCUACUCAUAUCAGACCUGACUGAAGAGGAUCAGGGAGAGUACAGAUGUUCUGCACAGGCUGAUCACAAAUAUUUCAGACUAUCUGUUAAAGUCAGAAGAAGAGAAACUUCAACACACUCAAGGAAAACAGACACAACACCUCCAUCAGAACCAACAACACUGGAACAAGAUAAACAGCAAACACACAGCAGCCUCCCUAUAGGUGCCAAAACUUCUCAUUUUAUUCAAUAAUGAAAAGGUUAAAAAAAAAACCCUCAUCCUUAUUACGUUUAUUAACUUUGUUGUGUUUUAUGACAGUUUUUGGCAUUCUGGCGGUUUUAUUGUUGGUGAUACCUGGUGUAGUGACAUUUAUUUGUUGGAGACGUAGAGGUACACACACACACACACACACACUUUGAGAUUGAUUAACUGAAAACCUUUCGAGCCAGAAGCUAUCAAACCAGCAGCACUUCUGUAAGUCACUCUGGAUAAGGAAAACUAAAGGUCUUUUCUCUUUAGGAGGAAGAUGUGGAGAGAACAGGAUGACUGAAGAACGUCCAGACUGGAAGAGAAAGCAGAAGGAUCAGACUGGACCAGAUGUUACUUACUCCACUGUAACCCACAUUAACACAGCUGGAGCAGCGCGGGUUCAGAUCAACGCUGGAGAGGAAACUGAAUACGCCAGCAUUAUAACAAACUAAUCCACAGUAAAUAUCGAUCCAUUCUCAGAUAUUGUAGAAUAAUGCUGAAAACGUAUAUUAAAUACACACAAGGUUCAAGCAUCAGCUUCACAAUAUUGGCUGUUCUGUGAUUUAUUAUUUUGCUGUUAGAAAUCAUAUUCACGGACAUGCCUGUGUGAGAGAUGGGGGAUGGGGGCGGGGUUUCCAGAGUAUUGCGUUACCUUUACUUAUGUUAGCUAAGUGUAUUCUUUGUUUGCAACCAUGUGACCAAAACUGCUUGCGUCAUUGACCACCGCCAUGUUGGAGGAUCUACAAUAUACACAUCUAUACACAGUGGUAAGGCAUACAGUGGUAAGAGUAUAGACUGGAAGGUAAGGAGGAGUUACAUUUCGAAGCGUGUAGUCAUUUCUCAAAUCUAUUUUAAAAACAAUAAUUUUGACUGCUUCUAAAGAUGGGUAUCUCACACACUAUAUAACAGAUUUAGUUAUAAAAGAGCACUCACCAGGCGAGGAGGCUGCACACUGCAAAAAAUGAGGUCUUAGCAAGUGAAAAUAUCUUAAAUAGUUGAAAUGAUCUAGCAUUUCCUAUUAGAAGAAUACAAGACACCAAUUCUGAGAUUAUUAAACCUAGUUCUAGAUUGCAAUCAACUUAUUCUAAGAUGUCUUAUCAAGUAAAAAUAUCUGUCCAUGCAGCAAGAUAAUUUCACUAGUAUGAAGUAAUUUGCUCCUCAAAUUCAGUUUUCAAUUUUUUGCAGUGCAGUAUCUGAGGUAGUGGAUUAACAUGAAUCUUGUUCGAUUGACUCUGUGAUCGUUUGGGAAGAUUGUUCAAUAAUUUUCCGUUUCUUUCUGCACUCUGUAAGUCCUCUCUGCAUUUAACCCAUCUGAAGCACUGAACAUGUGCGCGCACACACGAGCACUGAGCACACACCUAGAGCAGUGGGCAGCCAUGCUAACAGCGCCCGGGGAGCAGUUGGGAGUUACGUGCCUUGCUCAAGGGCACCUCAGUCCAAUACCAUCCCAUAUUAACCUAACUGCAUGUCUUUAGACUGUGGGGGAAACCGGAGCACCCGGAGGAAACCCACACAGACACGGGAAGAACAUGCAAACUCCACACAGAAAGGCCCUCGCCAGCCGCUGGGUUCGAACCUAGAACCUUCUUGCUAUUUGUUCUUGCUAACCACUACACCACCGUGCCACCCACGGCCAGAGUAGGCAUAGUGAAGAAACAAAAGGAAUUCUUGAGCAUAACAACCCCUCAAGCAUAUCUUCUAUCGUAAAUGUGCGCCACAUGAGUUUGUGUAUAUCCCCCAACAUGGCCCACUUCCGGUUCAAAGCCUCAUGCAUAAUUAGCUAUGACGUCACAUGCAAACGAAGAAUUGUUCUGCAUUGUCUCCAUCUGUUAAUCAUUUAAAAAUUGCUGAUGGACAAUCUUGCAAGUUAUGUUUUGAGUGUACAUGUCAUUUUAGAUCUUUUGUGUCCCAUUCUUAUAGCAGGUUAAGAAAUGAAAGUUCUAGAAGCAUAAUCCUGUUUUGUGUAAGAAGACUCCUAUACAUGUUCUGGUUUGUGACUUUCAUGGAAAGUUUGACGUCUCCUGACUUCAAAUCAAUCAAAUUUCAUGAAUUCUUCUUUCAAUCUUAAACUCCAGCAAAACUUUGUGUCUCUCCAACUUAUUUUUCCCAUCUGCAAAAUAUUUUCAAAACUAUUGAAUACAGGUUCAAAAUGGAACAAAAUGAUAUUUUUGAAAGUGUGAAUCAGUGUGUAAAGACCUACCUGUUCACCGAGGACUUAAAUUAGCAAAUACUUGUAUUGUCUUUUUCAUGAGGAACGAACCUCUCAACACUGUGUUUAAUCUGAUGAGACCCUUAGUCCCUGUCCUAGUGAAAUAACAUGAGGAUGUGUUUUUGAGAGACUUCCGUAAGCACUUCUGUUGGUCAUUUACAUUUAUGGCCAAAUGCCAUGAAUGUAAAUGUUCAUGUGAAACUUUUUUUUUUUCAGUGUGCUUGAUCGAUAUCUUCCAUGCAUAUAGACCCCUUUCACUGACGUCACCCGAAACCGGAAGUAAACAGACCCUGCGCCAUUUUGGAAGACCAACAAACUCGUGAUUAGGGGGAAAUAAGUGAACCCACGAGAAUGAAGUGGAGUGGCAAACGACUUAAACAAACAAAUCUGAUCUGUUUUAUUUAUGAUUUAUUGGCCCAACAGUAGACUUGAAAGAAACCUGUGGAUAUAAUGGAUAAGUCUGUGCAUGAUCUGUGGACACUUUGAGGUAAGCAAACGCAAGAAAUUCAGAUUUAAAACAUGCUAAAUUGGCCCCAAGUUGAUAACUGUAUGAGGAGCAAGCCUCCCAGACGUCUACAAUUUAAUAAUAAUAAUAAUUUAGGAUGGUUUGGGGCUUGCUCGCUGCUGCCAGGUUGGUUGUUGAGUAGCCUGACUGUUUUUUUUUUUUUCUUGCGUGUGGUAUUGUUGACGCGAGGUUGUUUUUUGAACAUGCCAAUGCGGACACGAUUUCCCCUGAUGAGUUAUGACUUCAGACGCGAUGCGUGUGUGGAGUCCGCGUGAUAUGUGCGUAAGAUAGGCUUCUCAUGUGUUUGGAGAUCCGCGCUCUGAGACAAGCGCAAGCACACACACCCCCCAAGGGAAAAAAAGGGACACCCCCCCCGAAAAUAUCGGCAUAGUUCGAACACUGAGUGUAGGCACUGGGUGUAAACAACAAAUAGUUUACAAUGUCUGGGUAGCAAACAGAUGGUAGAAUUGGUGUCAGGUCCUCCUUAUGUUUCCAUUCUCCCUUGCCGCGAGUCUUAUCAUAUGGGUCAAACCCAUCAAUCACAGCCAGUUUCUCCACAUACCGUGCCCUUUCUGCAGCUGGUAAUGUACUCACAUAAGAAUUAUCAUCCAUCGUGUCACUUUACUCUCGCUCGUACUUUGUUUUAUAUUGUGAGUGCAUGUACUUGGUCUUCCAAUAUGGCGCCUAACAAAAUCUCGCGGCGCGGUGACGUCAUAUGAAAGGGGUCUAUGUGUGUCGAUGUACAGUAUGUGUAGCGAAUAUAUUUUUACUUUUUGUCACAUUCUUGGAAUUAACAUGGUUUCAUGAUAUGUUUUUGAACAUUCCCUCUGAAAUUUGUGUAUUUUUAUUUUAGUGGACUAUAUUCCAGUGUUUCUACAAACCCCAAUUCCAAAAAAGUUGGGAUGCUGUGUGAAACCUCAAUAAAAAGAGAAUGUGAUGACUUGCAAGUCAAGGAAACCCUAGAUGUCAGUGAAAAUAGUACGACAUCAUAAAUGUUGAAAUUGAGAAUUUUUAUUGUUUUUUGAAAAGUAUCUGCUCAUUUUUGAAUUUGAUACCAACAACACAUUUCAAAAAAGUUGGGACAGAGACACAGUUACCACUGUAUUGUAUCACCUCUACUUUUAAUAACAUGUUUGGGAACUGAGGAGACCAAUUACUGUAGUUUUGAAAGUGAAAUUUUGUCCCAUUGGUGCCUGAUAUAUAAUUUCAGUUGUUCAGCAGUUUCUCAACUGGCAUGGAUUGAAGGCAAGCCAGUUUAGCGCCCAGACUUUUUUUUUUUUUUACUAUGGAGCCAUGCAGUUGUAAUACCUGCAGAAUGUGUUUUGGCAUUGUCUUGCUGAAACAAGCAAGGCCUUCUCUGAAAAGUUGCUGAUAUUAAUGUUAGCUGAUAUUAGCGGGGGUUUUUUUUUAUCAUUGUGUUCUGAAUGAUAAGGUGUUCAUGUUGAGAGAUAGAGAGAGAGUGUCUUUGCUAGUGUUCUGGUAGAUAAGGUGAUUUUAAGGUGUGUUGUGCAUUUUAGAUGUGAGGUUAACUGCUGUUAUGAUAAAGUGAAGAAUUUGAUAAAUUUUGUUUUUUGAAACAACAGUUGAUAAAGUGAAGAAUUUUGAAAAAGUGAAUUCAGUAAUGAGAAAUGUAGCCUAUGUCACCUGCUGUA